UCCGCAGAGCUCAUGUGGAGUUGGUCUAUGGUGAUUUGCCUGCUGUUCUCUGACCGGGGUUUGAAUAUGAUGGGAUUAAACGAGGGUAGCGCCGUGGACAUUGCCUUGCACUGAUCAGUCUUCAGCCGCGGUCCCUAAGAAAGACACAGUCCAGGGUGCAAAAAUGUCAGACAAGAUGUCUAGUUUUUUGCAUAUUGGGGACAUCUGUUCCCUCUAUGCCGAAGGGUCAACCAAUGGCUUCAUCAGCACACUGGGUCUUGUAGAUGACCGCUGCGUGGUUCAGCCGGACACGGGAGACCUGAACAACCCCCCCAAGAAAUUCCGAGACUGCCAGUUCAAACUGUGCCCAAUGAACCGCUACUCUGCACAGAAACAGUUCUGGAAAGCGGCCAAGCCUGGGGGCAACAACACCACAGACACCGUGCUGCUGAACAAGUUGCAUCAUGCAGCUGACCUGGAGAAGAAGCAGAACGAGUCUGAGAACCGCAAGCUGCUGGGGACCGUCAUACAGUACGGCAACGUCAUUCAGCUUCUCCACCUGAAGAGCAAUAAGUACCUGACUGUGAACAAGCGUCUGCCCGCCCUCCUGGAGAAGAAUGCCAUGAGGGUGACUCUGGACUCUGCGGGGAACGAGGGCUCCUGGUUCUACAUCCAACCCUUCUACAAACUGCGCUCUAUCGGUGACAGUGUCGUCAUUGGGGACAAAGUGGUCCUGAACCCUGUAAACGCUGGCCAGCCACUUCACGCCAGUAGCCAUCAGCUGGUGGACAACCCAGGGUGCAAUGAGGUGAACUCGGUUAACUGCAACACUAGCUGGAAGAUAGUCCUGUUUAUGAAAUGGAGUGACAACAUGGAGAGUGUUCUUAAAGGGGGUGAUGUCGUUCGGCUGUUCCACGCGGAACAGGAAAAGUUUCUCACCUGCGAUGAAUACCGGAAAAAGCAGCACGUCUUCCUCCGCACCACUGGCCGCCAGUCUGCUACUUCCGCCACAAGCAGCAAGGCCUUAUGGGAAGUGGAGGUGGUGCACCCUGAUCCCUGUCGGGGUGGAGCCGGCUACUGGAACAGCUUGUUCCGCUUUAAGCACCUGGCCACUGGAUCCUACCUGGCUGCGGAGGUGAACCCAGAUUAUGUAGAGGAGAACCCGGAACCUCGUUCUUCUGUUGGGGAUUUUAUCCCUUUUAAUUUCCAGCUGGACUCCGAGCACGAGGCCCUGAGAGCUCGGCUCCGCCCACCUCAGGGAAAGGUCAUGUACAGUCUCGUCUCCGUCCCUGACGGCAACGAUAUUUCCUCCAUCUUUGAGCUGGACCCAACCACCUUGCGAGGAGGAGACUCCCUGGUGCCCAGGAACUCGUACGUGAGGCUGCGACACCUGUGCACCAACACGUGGGUCCACAGCACUAACAACCCCAUUGACAAAGAGGAGGAGAAGCCGGUGAUGUUAAGGAUUGGCACAUCUACUGUGAAGGAGGAUAAGGAGGCCUUUGCCAUUGUGCCAGUCCCCCCUGCAGAGGUGCGCGAUCUGGACUUUGCCAACGACGCCAGCAAGGUUCUGGCCUCGAUCGCGGGCAAGCUGGAGAAAGGAACGAUCACGCAAAAUGAGAGGAGGUUUGUCACCAAACUGCUGGAGGACCUGGUGUUCUUUGUGGUAGACAUCCCCAAUAGUGGCCAAGAUGUGCUGGAGAUCAUGGUUAACAAGCCUGACCGGGAGAGGCAGAAACUGAUGAGGGAGCAGAACAUUCUCAAACAGAUUUUUAAGCUGUUACAGGCUCCAUUCACUGACAGCGGUGAUGGCCCCAUGUUGCGUCUGGAGGAGCUGGGCGACCAACGCCACGCCCCCUUCCGGCACAUCUGUCGCCUGUGCUACCGUGUCCUCCGCCACUCCCAGCAGGACUACCGGAAGAACCAGGAGUACAUCGCCAAACAGUUCCGCUUCAUGCAGAAGCAGAUUGGUUACGACGUGCUGGCCGAGGACACCAUCACGGCCCUGCUGCACAACAACCGCAAGCUCCUAGAGAAGCACAUCACAGCUGCGGAGAUAGACACCUUUGUCAGUCUCGUGAGGAAGAACAGGGAACCCAGGUUUCUGGACUAUCUGUCCGACCUGUGUGUGUCCAUGAACAAGUCCAUCCCCGUGACACAGGAGCUUAUCUGCAAUGCCGUUCUGGACCCCACUAAUGCCGACAUCUUGAUUGAGACAAAGCUGGUGCUGUCACGGUUCGAGAUUGAGGGCACGCCGACUGGGGAGAACCCAGCCGAGUCUGAGGAGGAUGAAGAGGAGGUCUGGCUCUUCUGGAAGGACAGAAACAAGGAGAUUCGCAGCAAGAGCAUUCGGGAGCUGGCCCAGGAUGCCAAGGAAGGCCAGAAGGAGGACCAGGAAGUGGUCAGCUACUACAGGUACCAGCUGAACCUGUUUGCGCGCAUGUGCCUGGAUCGGCAGUACCUGGCCAUCAACAAGAUCUCAGGCCAGCUGGAUGUGGACCUGAUACUGCGCUGCAUGUCGGAUGAAGACCUACCAUACGAUUUACGGGCAUCUUUCUGCCGACUGAUGUUACACAUGCAUGUGGACCGUGACCCACAGGAGCCGGUCACCCCCGUCAAGUAUGCCCGACUGUGGUCCGAGAUUCCUUCCCAGAUCGCCAUUGAUGACUAUGAUAACAGUGGCACCACCAAAGAUGAAAUUAAGGAGCGCUUUGCCCUCACCAUGGAGUUUGUGGAGAAUUACCUGCGAGAUGUUGUUUGUCAGAAUGUUCCCUUCUCGGACAAAGAGAAAAACAAACUAACCUUUGAGGUUGUGAAUUUGGCUCGCAACCUCAUAUAUUUUGGCUUCUACAACUUCAGUGAUUUGUUGAGGUUGACUAAGAUCCUGCUGUCUAUUUUGGACUGUGUCCAUGUCACUACCAUAUUUCCCAUCAACAAGAUUGAGAAAGGCGACGAGAGCAAAGGUAGCAAUGUCAUGAGGUCAAUCCAUGGGGUAGGUGAGCUAAUGACCCAGGUGGUCCUAAGGGGAGGGGGUUUUCUUCCCACAACCCCUGCCAAUCCUCCUGAUGGAGAUGCUGUCCAGACCCAAACAGAGCCCGAGAAGGAGGACAUUCUAGUAAUGGACACCAAGCUCAAAAUAAUAGAGAUUCUGCAGUUUAUUCUGAAUGUUCGUCUAGACUACCGAAUCUCCUGUCUGCUCUGCAUCUUUAAACGGGAGUUUGAUGAGAGUAAUUCCCAAUCAGAUCUACCGCCAGGAACCACCCAGGAUGGACUCAACAUGACGGGAUCACUGAAUUUUGAGAACAUUGAAGAACAGGCAGAGGGGAUCUUUGGAGGAAGUGAAGAGAACACACCCCUGGACCUGGAUGACCAUGGUGGGAGAACGUUCCUGAGGGUCCUGCUCCAUUUGACAAUGCAUGACUACCCUCCCCUGGUGUCCGGUGCUCUCCACCUGCUUUUCAGACAUUUUAGUCAGAGGCAGGAGGUACUGCUAGCCUUCAAGCAGGUCCAGCUCCUGGUCACAAACCAGGAUGUGGAAAACUACAAGCAGAUCAAGUGGGACUUGGACUUGCUGCGCUCCAUUGUGGAGAAAUCUGAGCUGUGGGUGUAUAAGCGGCAGGGAGAAUCCAUGGAUACAGGAGAUGGGCCUUCCUCCGAGAUGGAACAGAAGGGAGACUCUGGCUCUGAUAAGAAGAAGCAGGAGAGUACCAGCAGUUACAACUACAGAAUAGUGAAGGAGAUCCUCCUCAGGCUCAGUAAGCUGUGUGUUCAGGAGGGCUCAUCUGGAAAGAAGAGCAAGAAACAGCAGCAGAGGCUUCUUCGGAACAUGGGGGCCCAUGCUGUGGUCUUGGAGCUCUUGCAGAUUCCCUAUGAAAAGGGAGAAGAUCUGAGAAUGCAGGAAAUCAUGAAGUUGGCUCAUGAGUUUCUGCAGAACUUCUGUGCUGGAAACCAACAGAACCAGGCGCUCCUUCACAAACACAUUAACCUCUUCCUCAAUCCUGGGAGUCUGGAAGCCCUCACCAUGCAGCACAUCUUCAUGAACAACUUCCAGCUGUGCAGUGAAAUCAACGAGCGCGUGGUACAACACUUUGUCCACUGCAUUGAGACCCAUGGCCGCCAUGUCCAGUACCUCAAGUUUCUGCAGACCAUUGUCAAGGCUGAGAACAAAUUCAUCAAGAAGUGCCAGGACAUAGUAAUGGCUGAGCUGGUGAACUCAGGCGAGGAUGUGCUGGUCUUCUACAACGACCGCGCUUCUUUCCAGACGCUUGUGCAGAUGAUGCGGUCGGAACGUGACCGCAUGGACGAGAACAGCCCUCUUAUUUACCACAUCCACUUGGUGGAGCUGCUGGCCAUUUGCACUGAGGGCAAGAAUGUCUACACUGAGAUCAAAUGUAACUCGCUACUCCCCCUGGAUGACAUUGUUCGUGUGGUGACACAUGAGGACUGCAUCCCUGAGGUGAAAAUUGCCUACAUCAACUUCCUGAACCACUGCUAUGUUGACACUGAGGUUGAAAUGAAGGAGAUCUACACAAGCAACCAUAUGUGGAAACUGUUUGAGAACUUCUUGAUAGACAUAUGCAGGGUAUGCAACAGUACAAGUGACAGGAAGCAUGCUGAUAACAUUCUGGAACGCUACGUUACCGAGACGGUCAUGAGCAUUGUCACCACAUUCUUCAGCUCCCCUUUCUCAGACCAGAGUACCAGUCUCCAGACUCGCCAGCCGGUGUUUGUCCAGCUGCUGCAGGGGGUCUUCAGGAUUUAUCACUGUAGCUGGCUCACGCCAACACAGAAGGCCUCCGUGGAGGCCUGCAUCAAGGUGCUAUCUGAUGUGGCCAAAAGCCGCGCGAUAGCCAUCCCAGUGGACCUGGACAGCCAGGUGAAUAACCUGUUUGUCAAGUCCAACAACAUUGUGCAGAAGACGGCACUGAGCUGGAGGCUUUCCGCUCGCAACGCAACCCGCAGGGACUCGACCCUGACCACCUCGCGUGACUACAGGAAUAUCAUCGAGCGGCUCCAGGAUAUCGUGUCGGCGCUGGAGGACCGUCUCCGGCCACUGGUGCAGGCAGAGCUCUCGGUCUUGGUGGACGUUCUCCACCGUCCUGAGCUGCUCUUCCCUGAGAACACGGAUGCCAGGAAGAAGUGCGAAAGUGGGGGCUUCAUCUGCAAGCUCAUCAAACACACCAAGCAGCUGCUGGAGGAGAACGAGGAACGGCUUUGCAUCAAGGUGCUGCAGACUCUACGGGAGAUGAUGACCAAAGACCGUGGUUACGGGGAGAAGUUGAUUGCCUUUGAUGAUGAGAUGGAUGUGGCUGAGCUGGCCCCCCCGCCGGAACCAGAAGCCCCCACUGAGGAUGCUGAUCCGAAUCAGCCUCAGAAGCAACUGGAGGAUCAGAGAAGGGGUGAAGCACUGAGACAGAUUUUGGUGAAUCGUUACUAUGGAAACUUCAGGCCCAGUGGGAGGAGGGACAGCCUGACCAGUGUGAGCAAUGGUCCCCUCACCCCCGGUGGCCAGGGGAAGACCCAAUCAGGUGAGCCGCAGAGAGCUUGUGUGGGUCCGUGUCUGUCUGGAUGCAUGGAUCCUUCUACCUGUGUGUGGUGGGGAGACGAGACAACGAGCCCAUCUGGCACUCGCUCCGAGGACGCCCCCGGCAGCAGCUCAGCGAGCGUAACCGCUCCCGGACGGGGAAAGGCGGAGCAGCGGGGGCCGAGGUAUCCCGGCGGCACCGUGACAUUUCCGCCCACGCGUCAGCCAGCACCGGGGGCUGCGGAGGGCAGGCUGAGAGCCGCCCCGCGCACAACUGGCAGGUUUCGCACCUACAAAUGGGACCGGCGCCGGGCAGGACGGACCACCUUCAUGCUGAAAUGGUCCAUGCCGGCUGCGGCAAUUUCAACACAGGCUGAUGCACCUGUAACGACUUACUGUAAGCUGACGGGCAUGAGUGUGGGCAAGGUUAGCAAGGGGCUCCGUUGCCAUGACAACCCCCGGCUGACGCGUCAGUGCGCAUGCAGCUUGGCCGUUUCCCAGCAGACGGCCGAUUCUCGGGCCGCCCCCACAGCCGCCGCCAUAAGCGGCUCGGAACGGGACCCUGAGACCCCACCUAGGAUCGCGACGCUGCUGAAUCACCCUACCACCCCCACCCCCGCCGAGUCCGUCAGUUCGCAGAAACAGCCAGCCUCAUCUUGCCGCAAGUUCAGACUUCUGGGUGUGGACUUCUCCUCCUUCUCCUACGCCUCCCGUGACACUGGACCUCUGCCAGGCUUAUCUCCCCCCGACCGAGAGAUCCGGGGGCACUUCCUGCAAAAGCGUGCCUCGCCAUUCGGUGCGGGCUGCCGGCAUUCACGAGCACCUUCUCCGCUCUCGCAGCGCUCGUUUUACUGCCGCCUGACCGAAGACAAGAAAUCCGAGAAGUUCUUCAAGGUCUUCUACGACCGGAUGAAGCUGGCCCAGCAGGAGAUCAAAGCCACUGUGACGGUCAACACCAGCGACCUGGGCAGCAAGAAGAAGGAUGAUGACGCCUCCGAUAAGGACGCCCCUGCACGCAAAAAAGCUCAGGGGACCGUGAAGGAUGUCGUCUCUGUGGUGACGGAAGAAGCAAGGGAGCAGCUGCUGGAGGCCUCGACGGUCACCAAGAAAGCAUUCUGUUCGUUCCGGCGUGAAGCCGACCCAGAAGAGCAUACGACCCCAGCCGACAGUCCAACCGGCAUCGGUGACAAGGGCCAGGAUGACGGGGAGAUGAGUGUGAUCAUCACUAUCAUGCAACCCAUCCUUCGACUCAUGCAGCUGCUCUGUGAGAACCACAACCGAGACCUGCAGAACUUCCUGCGCUGCCAGAACAAUAAGAACAACUACAACCUGGUGUGUGAGACACUGCAAUUCCUGGACUGCAUCUGUGGCAGCACUACAGGGGGUCUGGGCCUGUUGGGGCUCUACAUCAAUGAGAAGAACGUGGGACUCAUCAACCAGACCGUGGAGAGCCUGACUGAGUAUUGUCAAGGCCCGUGCCAUGAGAACCAGAAUUGUAUCGCCACCCAUGAGUGCAACGGGAUUGACAUCAUCAUUGCCCUGAUCCUCAAUGACAUUAACCCCUUAGGGAAGAAACGGAUGGAUCUCGUUCUAGAACUCAAGAACAAUGCUUCCAAGCUGCUGCUGGCCAUUAUGGAGAGCCGGCAUGACAGUGAGAACGCUGAGAGAAUCCUGUACAACAUGAGACCUAAAGAGCUGGUGGAGGUAAUCAAAAAAGCCUAUAUGCAAGGAGAGGUGGAGGUCAAGGAGCCUGAGAAUGAUGAGGAAGGAGAGGAAGAGCACUCAGCCUCACCUCGAAACGUCGGCCACAACAUCUACAUUUUGGCUCAUCAGUUGGCACGGCACAAUAAGGAGCUACAGGCCAUUUUGAAGCCCAGUGGGAACUACGGGGACGGUGACGAGGCCCUGGAGUUCUACGCGAAGCACACAGCUCAGAUUGAGAUCGUGCGGCUUGAUCGCACCAUGGAGCAGAUAGUCUUUCCUGUGCCAAACAUCUGCGAGUUCCUGACCAACGAGUCCAAGUUGCGAGUGUACUACACCACCGAGCGUGACGAGCAGGGCAGUAAGAUCAAUGACUUCUUCCUGCGUUCUGAAGACCUCUUCAAUGAGAUGAACUGGCAGAAGAAGCUGCGAGCUCAGCCUGUUCUCUACUGGUGUUCACGCAACAUGUCCUUCUGGAGUAGCAUCUCCUUCAACCUCGCCGUGCUAAUGAACCUGCUGGUGGCAUUCUUCUACCCCUUAGAGGGCAGCCACAAAGGUACUCUGGAGCCACACCUGUCCGCCCUGCUAUGGAUUGCCAUGCUGGUGUCCUUGGUCAUAGUGAUCAUCAUGCCCCAGCCACAUGGGAUCCGAGCCUUCAUCGCCUCCACCAUUCUGCGCCUUAUCUUCUCGGUGGGCUUGGAACCCACUCUCUUCCUGCUUGGAGCCUUCAACGUCUGCAAUAAGAUCAUCUUCCUGAUGAGCUUUGUGGGGAAUCGAGGGACAUUCACCAGAGGCUACAGAGCUAUGAUCAUGGAUGUCGAAUUUCUGUACCAUGUGCUCUACCUGAUCAUCUGCAGCCUUGGUGUGUUUGUCCACGUCUUCUUCUACAGCCUUCUGCUCUUUGACCUAGUCUAUAGAGAAGAGACCCUGCUGAACGUGAUCAAGAGCGUGACACGCAAUGGCCGCUCCAUUGUCCUCACUGCAGUAUUGGCGCUUAUUCUGGUCUACCUGUUCUCCAUCGUGGGCUACAUCAUCUUCAAAAAUGACUUCAUCCUGGCGGUGGAUAGGAUCCCAAAUAAAACGCUGGAAAGUGGAGCCAGCAUGCUCGGGGAGUUCCUGUCUGCUGGAGUGUGCCGGAAGGAGAGCGGGGACAAUUGCUCGAGUGAUGCUGCCGUAGAAGCAGCGGCUGCUGCACAUCCACCUGCCCUGGUGAUCGAAGAUAAGGAACGUACCUGUGACUCCCUGCUGAUGUGCAUCGUCACUGUCCUAAGCCACGGACUCCGCAGCGGAGGCGGGGUCGGGGACGUCCUACGAAAACCGUCCAAAGAGGAACCCUUGUUUGCUGCCAGAGUCAUCUACGACCUUCUCUUCUUCUUCAUGGUCAUCAUCAUUGUCCUCAACCUGAUCUUUGGAGUGAUCAUUGAUACCUUUGCCGACCUGAGGAGUGAAAAGCAGAAGAAAGAAGAGGUUCUAAAAACUACUUGCUUUAUCUGCGGCCUGGAGCGUGAUAAGUUCGACAACAAGACGGUGACCUUUGAGGAGCACAUCAAGGUGGAGCACAACAUGUGGCACUACCUGUUCUUCAUUGUCCUGGUCAAGGUGAAGGACUCUACUGAGUACACGGGUCCCGAGAGCUACGUGGCCAAGAUGAUCAAGGAGCACAACCUGGACUGGUUCCCCCGCAUGCGUGCCAUGUCUCUGGUCAGCAGCGAUGGUGAUGGUGAACAGAAUGAGAUCCGCAACCUUCAGGAGAAGCUAGAGUCUACCAUGAAACUGGUGUCCAACCUCUCUGGGCAGCUAACUGAGCUCAAGGAGCAGAUGACAGAGCAGAGGAAGCAGAAACAGAGGAUCGGCCUCCUGGGGCACCCCCCCCACAUGAACGUCAAUCCACAGCAACCAGCAUGAGGAGAGGAGGACUGACUGACAGCUGAUGGGAGGAGGGAGGGGGAGAGUCACAUCAACAGCCGCUUUGCGUUCGCUUAGGAGUCCAGAUCCAGUGGAAAUGUGGUGUCACAUCCCGAGCCAACUUGAUGAGUGUGUAGCUUUUAUCUAAAUUCGCCCUUAGGACACUUUUAAGCCAAACCGGUACCAAGGAUUCCUCGCUCACACCCCCCCUGCCGCCCCUCUCCUCUGCACAGGACUACGGGCCACGCAUUUUCUAUAUAAACUCAUGUGAAUUUUCAUCUCAUGGCCUUUACUGGGUGAACUUGAAACACAGCAGCAGGGCUGUACUGGACUGUGAGGAAAUGAGAGAUGCGGUGAAAGAUCUUUUUGUAUUUACUACUAGUAGAGCAAGCUGUAUUUGUCUUAUUUUUGUAUGAUGUGCAAUAUGAAUACUUUAUUAUGCAAGGACCAUGACAUUUGAGCUGUAAAUUAUGUCUUAAAGGGAUGGUAUCAGUCUCCAAAAGUUGACUUGUUUCUCUUUUGCUUAAUGAGUUAAAGAAGAAUAAACUAUGUGUGGGUAGACGUUUUAAAUAAGAGGACUUACGUUUCCACUUAGGAUAGGGAUCGGACCAAUAAUAUUGCAUGUGCAAGACUUUCUGGUUUUAUUUAUUUUAUUUGAAGUAAAAUUAUUAUCUAAAUUAUUCACAAAGUAUUAAUAUAAAUUGUAUUUUGUCUGGAGGUUUUUGUUCAUCUAGGUUUUUGUUUUCCAUGAAUGACUGUGUCACUCAGAACACCACUCGUGUAUAAAUGUCUAUUAUAUUUAUGUUCAUAUAUAUUGUUGGGAAAUAUUGUUUUAGAACAGUAGUUUUCAGGGUAGGCCAAUACUUACUGUAUUAGUUCAGGAAUGGUGAGGCUGUAAUGAUUGUUCAUUAAAAUUAAUUCUGAAUUGCA